AUUCAGAUAUGUUGUGGUGUCCCUUGCAACCUCCACCUCCAUCGUCAUCGCUACUCCCUGCGCCUCCGCGGGGUGUCUUGUAGCCUCGUCUAGUAUGCUCCAAAGUAAUCACGUACAGCAAGAAAGUAUUCUAAAACUAUUCACAUGCUUUCUUACAUCUGUUAUCCACACAUACUCAGCUCUUCGUUGAAAGCUGUGGACUAUCAAUUCGGGACACUCACCUGCAGUCCAUACACUUCACUGCAUCAGCAUAGAAGCAUAUCGAUAUGACGUCCGAAUCGAACAAGCCCGCAGGUGAAGCUGUACCUUCUGCUCUAAUCGCACAAGCUGAAGCUGCCAUCUAUGGCAAUAUCGAGGAUGAUGACUUAUCACAACAUGAGAGAAGUCAUUCUAGGCAUCAGGAGGAGACAGUGAGGUCUUCUGUGGAUAAUCUUCCUACAUCAUCGUUCGUACAUAACUCUUCUCUCGAAUCUGAAUAUCUACUAAUUACCUCCUCUCAAUCAGUACCCAUCAUCCUUCACAUUUAGAUGUCCCAAAUACAGAGUCUCAUUAUUACCCUAGAGAACCUCCCCCCGCAUAUGGAAACAAGCAUAAUGAACUAGAACUCAGUCAGGAUGGAUUUGAUACCCGGGCCAAGGUCUCGGACGAUGGUCGAAUCAAUAUAAAUAUCAAUCAGAAAACUCGAAAAUUGUCCGACCUCCUUAUUCCUGCCCUACGAAACCAGCUUUCUAUUAAUGCACAGGAAGAUGCGAUUCCGCUACCCCCAGGGUAUAUACCACCUGCACUGGGAGGAUUGCCUGGUCAGACUCCACCACCAAAAUUAAAUGUCGUUAUACACGUCGUUGGCUCUCGGGGUGAUGUACAACCAUUCGUUGCUUUGGGUAAAACUUUAAAAUCUACAUAUGGACAUCGUGUGCGUCUAGCAACACAUCCAACGUUCAAAGGGUUCGUCGAGGAAAAUGGAUUGGAAUUCUUCAGCAUUGGUGGUGAUCCCUCUGAAUUGAUGGCAUUCAUGGUAAAGAAUCCAGGUCUGAUGCCUGGUAUCGAUUCGUUGAAAAGCGGUGAUGUUGGUAAACGAAGAAAGGGUAUGGAAGAAAUUGUCCUAGGUUGUUGGAGAUCGUGUAUCGAAGCUGGAGAUGGUUUAGGUUCGGCUCCUGUUACAUCUGGAUCGCCGUCAUCUUUGGGUCUCGAAGCUGGUAUUAAUAUGGAUACUAAUCCAUCGGAUAAGCCGUUCGUUGCGGAUGCGAUUAUCGCUAACCCUCCAAGUUUUGCUCAUAUACAUAUUGCGGAAAAGUUGGGUAUACCAUUACAUAUGAUGUUCACGUAUGUUUUUAUGAAUCAAUAUACUAUCACUUUGCUUACUUCCAUACAGGAUGCCAUGGUCGCCCACUCAGUCUUUUCCUCAUCCAUUGGCAAAUAUCCAAUCGUCCAAUGCGGAUGUGAACAUGACCAACUUCAUUUCUUAUGCACUUGUCGAAAUGAUGACUUGGCAAGGACUUGGAGAUGUAAUCAAUCGAUUCAGAGAAAGGGCUCUUGGCCUUGAACCCAUUAGUUUGAUUUGGGCACCUGGAAUGUUAAGUCGCCUUCGUGUUCCAUAUACCUAUUGCUGGUCACCAGCACUCAUCCCAAAACCAAAAGAUUGGGGAAAGCAUAUCUCGAUAUCUGGAUUUUAUUUCCUUUCUUUAGCGUCAUCAUAUACUCCCGAACCUGAUUUAGCAGCUUUUCUCGCUGAUGGUCCGCCACCUGUUUAUAUUGGAUUUGGAUCAAUUGUCGUUGAUGAUCCUAAUGCGAUGACUAGUCUCAUUUUUGAAGCAGUCAAAAAAACAGGUGUCCGAGCCUUAGUUUCCAAAGGAUGGGGAGGUCUUGGUGGUGAUGCACUUGAUGUACCUGAGGGGGUUUUCAUGUUGGGUAAUGUUCCUCACGAUUGGCUUUUCCAACACGUAUCUUGCGUGGUCCAUCAUGGAGGUGCUGGAACCACUGCUGCUGGUAUCGCUACAGGAAAGCCUACUGUAGUCGUACCAUUUUUCGGUGAUCAACCAUUUUGGGGAGCCAUGACCGCUAGAGCUGGAGCUGGUCCACUGCCAAUUCCUUAUAAACAACUUACUGCUGAUAAACUUGCCGCAGCUAUUACUGAUGCUCUCAAGCCUGAAACUUUGGCAAAGGCACAAGAGCUAGGAGCUAGAAUCAAAGAGGAAAAAGGCACUGAAGAGGGUGGGAAAAGCUUUCAUGAUCAUCUAGAUGUUGACAAUUUGAGAUGUUCACUGGCACCACAUAGAGUGGCAGUCUGGAGAGUGAAGCGUACUCAGACUAAACUUAGUGCUUUGGCGGCCAAUGUUCUUGCUAGUGAGAAUCUCAUCAACUUUGCAGAUUUGAAAUUGUAAGUUGUUUUUCAUAUCUUAUCAUCCAGCCCGUGGCUGAUAAAAUUAGAUAUCGUUCAAAAGAAUAUGAGACUGAUGAUGGUCCAUGGGAUCCAAUAUCUGGAGGAGCAACUGCACUGCUUGGGACUAUUGCGAGUCUCAGUAUGGGUGUAGCAGAUUUCCCCAUAGAAAUUUUCAGGAAGGUGAAGAGGGAGAAGGAUGCUAAUGCUGCUACCAAAGCAUCCUCAAACUCUGCUUCUGCUACACCAAAGUCUUCGGUGCAAAAUCGAUCUCAAGAUCAUAUGCUGUUAGAUGAAAAAUCACUCAGAUCAGUAGACGCUAGUCUGCUGCAAGCAUCGGAAUCAUCGGCAAAAACUUCUUACGAGAGUACUCAACGGUCUUUGGAUGAUAUACCUACUCCUUUAACACCAACUACUACUCAAAGUUCCAUGUCACAUACAACAAGCCCUGGUAUCAAGCAUGCAAAUUCGACGCGGCAAGUACUGCGAGGUGGCAUGGAAUCUUCUCAUAGUCGCCAUAAUUCGGGCAUCGAAACUCCUAAGGAGUUUGAUCCUUCUAAGUUGACGAUUGAAAAUGCUAUAGGAGCCGGGAAGGGCAUUUCGCGUAUUGUUGGGGCGGGCUUAAAGUCACCUAUGGAUUUCACACUAGGCUUAGCACGAGGAUUUCAUAACGCACCUAAAUUAUAUGGUGAUGAUACGGUUAGGCCUCAAGAAAAGGUAACCGAUUUUCAAAGUGGAUUAAAGGCGGCUGGAAAGGAAUUUGGUUAUGGAAUGUUUGAUGGAAUCACUGGUCUGGUUACACAACCUUUACGUGGCGCUGAGAAGGAAGGUGCUGCUGGAUUGAUCAAAGGCAUAGGAAAAGGUAUUGCUGGGGUAGUUCUCAAACCGGGAGCUGGUAAGUUAGAUUCUAUCGAAAUCAUCCAUGCACUUCUAACAUCAUUAAGCUAUAUGGGGACUUCCUGGUUACACAUUUAUGGGUAUUCAUAAAGAAGUACGGAAACUUUUCGGCUCAAGCGCACUUAAUUAUAUCAUCGCAGCCAGAACAGCUCAAGGGUUUGAAGACGCCCAGAAUUGCAGCAUAGAAGAACGUCUAGAUAUCAUCAAGCUUUGGAAUGAACACAAACAGGAAUAUCAAAAUGCCAGGCAGAGAGUUCAUGAUAAAGGUCCUGCUGGUCAGGAUACUGGACAACUUUCACCACGAGGCUUCUUCCAAACAAGACAUCUUACUUUUGAUGAAAGGAAAAAGCUUCAGGAGGAACGAAAAGCCAAGCGUGAUGAGGAAAAUAAGAAAGGGAGCAAUAAUCUACAGACACGUCAGCAAUCAGGGCUUUUCGGAAGAUCAACACCUCAUAAUGAUUUGUCUCAUGGGGUCCAGGAUUCAACAGUUAUUAACAUUGAUCCUCCUACUGAUUAUGCCAGCGGGGACACCCAUCCAGAUUUUGAAGAAGCAAUUCAAGCAUCAGUAGCGGCUACUUCGCGUGGUAACAUAGAAGAAGACCUUAUGAUUGAGAGGGCUAUUCGAGCUAGUGUGGUGGAACUUCAGGGUGGUCAGAGUGCGGGGUUGAGCGAUCAGGAGGUUAUGGAUCGUGCGAUUAGGGCUAGUGUUUUGGCUAGUCAGGAGCAGGAGGGGAGAGGUGGGAGGAGGGAGGAGGAGGAUAGGGAGCAUGAGGUACAACUUGCGAGGGCGAUUCAGGAGAGUUUGAAGGAGUAUAGGGUUGGUGGUGUGAGGGAGGAUGGUGGCGAUGUUGGUGUUGGUGCUGGUGUUGGUGCUGGUGCGGAUGCGGACGAUGGGAAAAGAGUGGAUUCAUAGAGAUGCGCAAUGGAGAGAAAGAAGAUGAAGAAAGGGAAUCAAGAGAGGAUCAAUGAGAAAUCCAUAUCUAAAGGAAAGAAAAGAAAAAGAAAAGAGAAUAAUACUGGAGAAGAAAAGAGGGAAGAGAAAUGAAGAAGAAGAAAAUAUGGCUAUGGAGAGUUUGAAGGGACGGGGGUCCGUCGGGAAGGGUGGGGAUAAGUGGUGGAGGAGGAUG